CAACAUGGCGGCGAUAGAGAGACAUCUUUGCGUUGAAUUGAGAAAAUACAAAUAGUCAACAAUAAAAAUCUCUUUCUCAAAUAUUCUUUCCACUUUUAGCUUUAAUUAAAAUCGUUUUUAGUGACAGAGAAACAUUUCACAUUGAUUGUACCUAUGAUUUUCUUAAAUUCUAACCAUUGUGUUUCUCUAUACACAUUUACUUACCGUUAAUUUGCCAUCAUCUCAACAUCAUUCUUAUUCUCUCUUCUCACAAUAUCCCCUUUUUUUCUCUCUCUUUUUUCUAUCUACAUUUUGUUUCUUCUCCAAUUUUCUUCUCUUCAAUUUUUCUUUCUUUCUUUUUUUUGUAUGUGUGUUUGUCGCCUUUCAUUUUUCUCACUUCUCAUAAAACCCUUAACUUUCAUCUUUUUUCUUCAUCUUCUAUCCUCAUAAUUUUGUUCUUUGAAUGUGAAAUAGAAAAAGCUUAACACGGAUACCAAACUCUCAAGAUGCCUAAAAUAACAGGUAAUGGACAAAGUGCCGGUGGAACUCCAAAUAAAUUGGUUUAUCCUACUGGAUGUAAAGAUGUCAAUGAAGAAUUACCAACUGAUGAUCUUAUCCGCCGACUCAAAGACAUUGCAAUGGCUUUUCAACAAAUGUCUCAAGAAGAAGACAAUACCUGUUACAUACCAUUAGCAUUGUACUUAGCAACUGACUUUUUUCUUGAACAUCAAUCACGAGAUGUACGUUUAUUGGUCGCUUGUGCCAUUGCUGAUGUAUUCCGUGUCUAUGCGCCAAAUGCACCCUAUCAAAAUCCAAGUCUCAUAAAAAGGAUAUUCUUAUUUUUUAUUCAACAACUCAGAGGAUUACAAGAUCCCAAAGAUGCUACAUUUAAAAGAUAUUUCUAUCUCCUUGAAAAUCUUGCUUGGGUUAAAUCAUUUAAUAUAUGCAUUGAAUUGGAUGACUCUCAGUCCAUCUUCUGUCAACUUUUUAAUCUUAUCUUCAAGAUUGUAAAUGACAAUCACAGCGAUAAAGUGAAAAACUUUAUGCUUGACAUGUUAACACCAUUGAUCAUCGAAGCUGAUGCUGUUUCUUCAAAAUUGGUCGAGAUAAUACUUUGGCAGUUAAUCGAUCCCAAAAAGAAAGGAAAUAAACAAGCUUGCUGGCUUGCAACCCAAAUCUUGAAGAAAGCAAAUAAAACAAUGGAACCUUAUUUGAUCACAUAUUUCAAUAAUGCCAUCACCCAUGGUGUUCAUGCUAAUGCUGGUGAAUUAUCUGAUGAUGAUGAGGAAGAUACCCAAAGAACCUCUUUACGACCUGGUUCCAAAGUUACCAACAAUCAAACUCUAUCCAAAGAAAAUCAAACUGUCAAUCAACUUUGUGAUUUACUUUAUGAACUUAAUCAAAUUUGCCCAUCAGUUAUGGAUGGUAUUCUUCCUCAAUUAGAAUUCAAGAUUCGUAGUAAUGAAGAAAGAGAGCGAUGUGAAUUCACUAAACUAUUGGCUCGCCUAUUUUCUGAUAAAAAUUCCCGACUUGCGGAGCAAUACCCAGAACUAUGGAAAUCAUUUUUAGGUCGAUUCCGAGAUAUUAGUGUUACCGUUCGUAUGCGUUGUGUUCAAUAUUCAAUGCACUUUUUGAUCAACCAUCCCGAAUUACGUGAAGACAUAACAGAACAACUUAAACAACGACAGCACGAUCCAGAUGAGAAUGUUCGUUAUGAAGUAGUUAUGGCCAUCAUAAGUGCCGCUAAAAAGGGAAUAGAAAACAUUAAUGAAGAUUUACUUAGCUUCGUCAAAGAACGUACUCUUGACAAGAAAUUCAAGAUCCGUCGUGAAGCUUUAUUCGGUAUGGCUCAACUCUACAAACAAUACAACAUUGCCCAGCUUGGUGGAGAUGAUGAUAGACAAAGUUCAACCGAUUCAAAUGUCAACAAUGCAGCAUUGAAAAUGUUAAACUGGAUUAAAAAUAAAUGUCUACACAAUUAUUAUCAAACACAAUUGGAUGAUCGACUCCUCGUUGAAAGGAUUCUUCAUACAUGUCUCAUACCCUAUAACCUGCCUUUACAACAAAGGAUGAAAAUUUUAUAUACAUUCUAUGUUACCAUUGACGCCCAUGCUGCUCGUGCUUUCAAUGAGCUUCUUCGACAACAACAAAGUGUUAGAAAACAAGUUAAAGAAGUUUUAGAUUUGAUUAAAAAUGGUGAAAAGGACGAAAAAGAUCCAUUAGUUAGGUCAAAGAUUCAAUUGUGUGCAAAAAAUUUACCUGAACCUGUAAAGGCAGAUGAAUUUCUCACCAAAUUGUGCCACAAUCUUUGUCACAAUCCAGUUCUUCGUCAUCACAUGGACACCAUUGUUUCAUCCACAUCAUUUCCACAGAUUAAUGAAGAUGGUUCAGUUUCACCGCCUCCUUCAUGUUCUUUAAUUGAAACCAGCGUCAAAGAAAUACUAAAAUCUUUGGGUUACCCUGUCCAAACAAAUUCAUUCUAUGUCAUAAUUAAACAGCUAAUGGAAAGAAUCGCACCGGUUAUGAUUGACUUCCAAGGUCUAAUUGUACUUUUUAAUUAUGUAUCUGAUUCACUUCUCGGUGAAGGUGAAAUAGACACUCGUUUGGGUCUUGAACCUUCCGGUAAAAGAGGACUCCAAUUGAUCCAUGCUUUGUCUUCUGUUUUUCCAGCCAUUUUCUAUGGGAAAGAAAUUUUCAGCAACUAUCUCUUACCGUUCUUAUGGAAGUCCUCUGACAGUCCACAAAUUGGUGAAAUCGUUCUUCAAAUUCUCACAAACGUCGGCGGUGUUCAAGGAACAAUUUCCGGUUCAAAUAAUGGUGAUCAGAAUAGCAUUAUGAAUGCUACUCCAUGGUGGGCUACCGAAGAUGAUUUUGUGCCCACUCUUGUUGAGAAAUUUGUUCUCAAAGCAUCUUCAACGAAACAAGCAAAAUAUGCUAUCCAAUGUUUGAAUGCAAUUAUCGGUGACGAUGAUGAAAAGCUCAAAAUAUUUGCACAAGUUUUGGAUCAAAUUAAGGAGACUGGUUUAACUUUAGAUUCUCCUUAUUUCCGUAUUCAUCUGGUUACCAUUGGAAUGGUCGCUACUUGCGGUGGACACGUUUUCUUCCCUAAACUAUUACGUUCAAUUAUUCAAAAAUAUGUAGUACAAAAUCUGCUAAUGAAAGAUCAAAGACUUGAAGAAGAAGUUCAGGCUCAAGAAGAAAGUGAAAAGAAUAGAGAUCUUAGUGACCCUACUGUAAGCUUUGAGUUUUGCAGUGAAGAAGUCAAAUGUAAAAUUGAAGGAAUUAAACUCAUGGUUCGUUGGCUGUAUGGACUCAAAUUAAACACAUUAAUAGCCCCACCUGAGUCUCAACAAGAAGUAGUCGCUGUCUAUCAAAAUGCUGCGAUGAACACAAUGAGAAUCAUGACAGCAAUCGUUCAAAAUAACGGUGAUUUAAAUGAGAAAGGCUUGGCUGGUACAACUCAUGAAAAAGCAAGGCUUAAAUUGGCAGCAGCCGCGGCAAUGUUGAAAAUAGUUGGUAAUGAUUCCAUCACAGCUACGUCGCAAGGCGAUACUACUUUAAUAGCUGCUUCCUCACCAUCGUCAGCUGUGAUUACCCCAACCCAAUGGCAUACAUUAGCAACGAUUUUGUUAGCUGAUGAAGAAUAUGUUCGUGAUCGAUUUGCUCUCAAAUUACAUAAAGGCCUGAUCUCCCUUUCCCUCGGACUUGAGUUUUUAGCUCUCUUUAGUUUAGGAGGAUAUUAUCAAAAUGACAAUCCAUUCAAAAACAAAUUAAGAUCUUAUCUCGUUCUUAACAUUGCCAAGCGCCGUGAUUUGGUUAAAUCUAAAAGUGUAAACAAUCUCAAAGCCGUUCUUCCUGAUUGUAUCAUGCCUUACGUAAUUCACCUUCUUGCUUAUAUGCCUUUUUACACGCAAUUCGAUAAUGUAGAGCAAUUGGAAACUGUCAAAAAUUGCUUAAUGUUCAUAAUCGAGCCUAUCGCCUUGAAAAAUGAGCAAUUCUCUUUCUCAUAUUACAAAAGAACUUUUGAAAAUGUAAAAACAUGUGUAGAUCGAGUUUCAGCAUCCAUGGUUCAAGAAACAGAUGAAAAUGGAACUAAUUCUGCGCCAACCAUGGCCACAAUGACUAAUUACAAGAUUUAUUGUGCCUGUGAUUUAGCAUUGGGUUUAAUUAUGAGUAAAACACAAAACUUUCUCCUUAAAGACUUUCCUGUCCAACCAUCUCUACCUGGAAAAUAUUUUAUGGUUUCACCAUCAGCGGCAAACAAUAAUCAACGAUGUUAUCUUCCAACAUCAAUGCAGUUCCAGCCACCAAAAAGAUGUGGCUUAGAAGCAGAAAUAUUGGGAAAAAUAACCAAAACCUUUAGCUCGGCUCCUCAAGCUCAGGCAGUUAAUGCUCCUGCUAAACCACGACAAGGUAAAGGAACUACAGCUAAUGCUGGUGAUCAUCAAGUUGUUGUACUUUCUUCAGACAAUAUGAUCGAGGAAAGUGGAGUUGUUAUCGAACAAGAAUCAGUUGACAAUGAUACAAAGCCAUCUAUUGCCGCACCAGUUCCUACACAAACAACUCGAUCUCGUAAACAAGAUUUAGGAUCCAUGGUUUCUAAUGACAAUAAUGACAAAGAAGUUAUCGAGAAGAGAACAAGUUCUCGUCGUAAACAAGAAAUCAUACCAAUAUCCACUAGACCUACUCGCUCUUCAACUAGAAAUUCUGAUAAUGUUGUAACCGUUGAAGUAAAAGAAGAUGAUGAUUUGAAUGAUAAUAAUGAAGGUGAUGGAGAGGAUCUCGAAGAUGAUUCUAACGCUCAAGAUGAUGAUAUUGAAUCAAAAAUAAUAGAAAUCACCGGUGAAGGUUAUCUAGAUGAAGUCGAAGAUUCUGAUACUGGAACAACUCGAGGAUCGAAAAGAGGACGAGCAAGUGCAAGAGCCUCUAGAUCAAGCGCACCAACUGGUAAUCAACGUAAUUCCAAAGCAAGUGGAGAUGAGUCUUCAUCACCGGCACGAAAGUCCGCCAGGAUAGCCAGAAAAGCACCGCCAUCCGCCUCAUCAUCAGCAGCAUCCAAAAGAUCACCUUCACCCGAGAUAAAAUCUGGCCGAGGAAGACGGAAGAAUCGACGUUAACGAAAUUGUUCAACAAAGUGAAAGCAAUUACCCUUAAAACGUCAAUCAUAUGAUCUAUUAAUUAUAUUAUAUUAUAUAUAUAUGUAUAUAACGGAAAAAGAUAUCACCUUGGAGUCAAUGUCAUCUUUAAUCAUUUCAAUUAUCACCUUCACCUUUACAACCAAACAACAAUUGAACCCAAUCAGACUCACAAAAAGCAAACCAACAAAUGACCCUCUUGAGACUAAUACCAUGGGCACUCAGUUAUCUCUCUUCUUCUCAACUUCAUCCCUUCUCAUCUAUUCCCAGUUUUACUCAUAUUUUUCAUUAAUAUCUCGUUUUCUUAAUUUCAUUUGUCUCAUACCCCAUCUUUGAGAAGGUAGACUACUAAUUAGGCUGAAAACAAAGGUAUCUCAUGUAACUACAAACCAACAAAACUAUAAAAAAAAAUUAUCAUCUGGCAAGACGAUUUCUAAGAACUCUGAUUGCAAAAGGACAUCGAUCCCUCCGAAAAUUGCUACGGAAGAAUUGAUUGUGUUUUCUACAAACAUUUCAACAAAAAGAAAAAACAAAGCACACAUCAUCAUUCCUUCCUUUUCUCUUCUCUUUUUUUUUCUCUAUCCCAAACCCAAAUUUGAGAAAAAAAAAUGUAAACAAUCAACAAUUUAAACUUUUAAUCUUUUCUCAGUUCCAUCUUCAAAAUUCAUUUUUCACUCCUUCUUCUUUCCCAUCUCCCUCUUUCUCUCUUGUCAAUUCUCUCUGUCUGUCUCUCUAUCUUUUAGGUACUGAUGAAACGAAAAAUAACGAAAGUGAACAGUCCACUUUUCCUGAAACAACCCGCCCUUCAUCCCGUCGAUCACCACCACCCACAAUCAACACUUAACUUCUCACACAAAUUAUCAUUUUUAUAUUGAUCAAUGAAAACCAACCAACAAAAAAACCAUUUAAACAACCAAUGUGUAAAUAUAAUUGCGAGCCAAUAAAAAGUUACUCAAGUUCAAGAGUCAAAAGCAA